UUUUUUUUUGUCAUUUUUUGUGUGCUUUUUUCGUUCAAAAUGUUGAUCCAGUAAGUCAAAAUGUAGCAAACUUCAUCUGCCUGUUAACUCCUCACUCGGAUCCUCUCACAGUGACAAAACACACAAAGAUUUUACCGAUUUGAUGUGACUCUGAUUAAGUUUUCAUCCCAGGUUUGAUUAACUAUGUCAUUAUUGGUUGAUUAUUUUUUCAGAAAUUUUAUUGAGUAGGAUAAACCCCUUUAGAGGAAUCCCCUCGUUUUCGAGGGGGUCCUAAAGUACAUUACAAAACAAAACACUCAACAAUUUACAGACAUACAACAACAACAAAGACAACAGGCAUCAACACAAACAUAGAAAAAAUGAACACAAGACUGAACACAACCUCUCAAUGGCCACAAGUUGGCCAUAACAUUAGCCUAGUAAAACUGAAAGAAGUAACAUAAUAUUAUUGUAAAUUGAAAUUGCAGUGUUACAGAAACCCCCCCCAAAAAAAACAAUUGGCAUAACAUUAUCUGAAACAUGUGCAGUUUAACUCAAAAUAAGAAGAAGGGCAUAUUUAAAACUAUGAAAAGAUGUCAAUGAUCGUAUGUUUAAAGGAAGAUUAUUCCAUUAUUAAUUUCAUAAACAUUGGAAAAGUUGAUGCAGACUGGAGAUUAACUGCACAUUAAGUUACUAAAAGUCUGUCACAAACUGGAGCUGAGGUUGCAGACUUUUCAAUGCAGGAAAGUGAAUUCUAUACCUUCGCUCAGUUUGUGUGUGAAAGGGCAUCUGUCACAUCCCGCUCCUGUGAGGGUUAACUCAGCUAAUGUACCAUGACCUUUAUGUUGCAAAGCAAGGCUGUGUGCAAGCUGUGUGUGUGUGUAUGUGUACAAGAGAAAGCAUGCAUUUGCAUUGAAGUUUUUUUUUUUUUUUGUCAUUUACUUUUAUUGGUUUUUGAUUUUACAUGUAAAUGAACAAACAAUCAGCAUGAAGACCUAUAGACAAAUACAGAAAAUAUCAUGGGAAAAGUAAAAGUGUACAAAAAGGGGAUUGGAAAACACCCCCCCAAAAAAGGGAAAGGUACAAAGAAAUGAAAGUAUUCUGAUAGUCCAAUCUGAGAUGACUGAAAUCCGGUUUUAUGGUAGAGACAUGUUUCAUUUUUUUUCAUCUAUCCUUUAUUUAUUUUCUCGAGGAAUCACUGAGGGCAACCCCUCAUUUACAAUGAUGUCGAGAGUACAGAGAAAACACGAAGCAGUACAGACAAAACACCUGCAAAAACAUUUGUACAUAUGUAUGCCAAUUUUCAAUAACAAGUUAUAUUUAAUUGGUCUUUGGUUGAUUGCAUGGUAUCACAGACUUGGCUCAUGCUGCUCACCUGAGGGCCGGGAUGUGCUGCUGCAGCACCAUUAGUCUACAAAGCCGCUAUGAUUAAUCUAAAACUAGUUGCAGAAAAGUUUAACAUUUGCAUGGGAGUGCUGCUUUGUUGCAUAGGAAAGGCAAAGUUACUUUAGAUGUGGGCCGCCUACCAGAAAAGCUGCAUUUGGUUUGGAUUUGUUCAUGAAUUAUCUUUGCAUAGGGAGGGGCUGGACAUUAAAAGGUUUUAGGGUUUUCCUGUUGAACUUCUUUUAGCUGUUUGAACUUUUUUGAGCUUUUGCCGCUCUGAGCGUGAGUUGUCAUGUCGGUGCAGAGUGAUUGGGAGAGUAAUUGCCCUAGAGCUGUCCUCCAAUGCUGCAUCACUACUUGUCGGUCAGAGGGAGGGGAAAACUCCUCCACAGGAAGCUUCGCCAUUUUGUAUGGAGACAAAGGACCCAGAGGUUUAACACUGUGGUGAGAACUCCGAGGGGACCUAUGGCCAUGUCCCGCUGUCCUCCUCCCCCCAUGCCUGGUCUAUAGUCCACCAGAAACCACCCGUAGUCCCACUCACACCCUGUUUGAAGCCAUUUGACCAUUCACACCAUGGCGAGCAAGAGGAAGUCCACCACUCCGUGUAUGAUCCCGAGCAAGAUCAUACGCCCGGCAGACGAGGUCGACCCGGAUUCUCCGCUUCCUCUCCGGCAGCCCAGGGUUUCUGGAGGGGGCCGACACAGUCCACUGGACCCUGGAGAGUCUUCCAAACCGGAGGCGGGGGACGCUGUCAGAGACGGUGCUGGCACCUACACCUGUAAGCCUUGUAACUUUGAAACCCACGACCUUAACUUGUUCCUGGAUCACGUCUACUCCGGGCACCCGGACUUCCGUGCGGACCCCAGCUUCUUUUGCGUGAGCUGCGGGAUUUCAGCACCCAAGUUCGAAGGUCUUGCCCUGCACAACGCCAGGGUGCACCCCAGCACGCUGAACACCACGCUGACGCUGAGGAAGAGGGACCGGAGAGUCGUGGUGGAGCAGAAUCUGGUGACGGGGGCGGAGACGGGGAAGGACAGCGAGAUCUCCAUCACCAAAACCCCCAUUAUGAGGAUGCUGAAGGGUAAAUCGGAGUCUAAACGGAUAGUGGUGUCUCACCCGGUCUCUGACGAGGCGUCCUCGGACCCGCACUCCAGCUCUGCCUCCAGAGAGACGGAGAGGAAAGAAGCUGCAGCAGUGACGGUCACACACGUUCCCACCAUCGUCCACAAUGGGACGACAAAAGUCACUUUGCCGUCAGCGAUCCAGAUCGUCAACGGUUCUGGAGCUCUGCCCAUGCUCAAGACCCCCAUCACACAGGUGGUCUCGGUGGUUCAGAACAGAAGCCUUCAUCAGUCUGCACCAAUCACAGUCUCCUCAAAUAUUUCUUCCACUUCGUAUUCCACCUCCAAAAAUCUCCCCAAGGUGAUGAUUCCUCUGAGCAGCAUCCCUACCUACAGUGCCUCCAUGGACUCCUCCUCCUUCUUGAAGACCUCCUUCAGUAAGUUCCCGUACCCGACCAAGGCGGAGCUCUGCUACCUGACGGUGGUCACAAAGUUCCCUGAAGAGCAGAUCAAGAUCUGGUUCACGGCUCAGAGACUCAAACAGGGCAUCAGCUGGUCCCCCGAGGAGAUCGAGGAGGCCCGGAGGAAGAUGUUCAACACCAUCAUCCAGACGGCUCCUUCCAGCUCGCACAACCAGACCCACAGCCACCACAGCCCGGCCCAGCACACCAUCACAGUCCUGCCCGCCUCGCUGGGGGCCGCUGGGAUCCCCCACAUCCUGCAGGGCUCCCUGGUCAGCCAGGGCGGGGUCAUCGUCACGCAGCCCGUCAUGGCCAACGGUAUCCAGGUUAGCAGCGCCCCCGUGGCCCUCGCCGUCACGCCGAAGCCCCAAGCUGCAGCCCGCCCCAUGAUGCAGGCCCGACCUGCUGCCGCCCUGGUGGCAGACAAAGGGGUCAGCAUGGUGGUGGGCACGGUGGGCAGCAGCAGCACGGGGAGCACCAUCAUCAGCAGCAGUAACAGCAGUAGGAGCGGGAGAGGAGGCACUAGCAGUAUUACUACUAGCAGUCAAGCUAGUGUGAUCAACCUCAGUCUUAGCAAUGCUAAGGCUAGCAGUGUUAACAGUAAACACAGCAGCGCUAACGCAGACUGCAACAACAAGAGCAAUAGUAACCUCACCAGCCAUGCAAACGCUAAGAACGCUGCUAAGAACAAUGAUUUCAGCAGAGUGGUGCAGAGCGACAGCAAAGUAACCACAGAGAGCAGAAACAGCCCCGACAGCGUGUCCAAUAACAGCAGCAGCAGCAAGAGAGACGCACAGAAGAGCAAAGAGUCCAACAGUAGCAGCAGCAAAGAUCAGUCGACCAGCACAACAAGCACAGACGAUGUCGACCCCGCCCCCAGUGACUCUCCACCCAUCAAGAUGGAGGACGCAUCCUCCCCCGCCUCGUCUUCCCCGUCUCCUGCUGCAGCGCCCGGCUCUCGGACGCCCGUCAACGCCUUCCUGGACCCGAGCUUCUACAAGGGCAAGAAGUCUCAGGAGCAGCUCAGCGCUCUGAAGGACAGUUUUCAGGUCAGCCAGUUCCCCGACCAGGAGGAGGUGGACCGCCUCAUCGCUCUGACCGGGCUGACGGUACGAGAAGUCCGCAAGUGGUUCAGCGACCGCCGCUACCACUUCCGCAACCUGAAAGGCUCGCGUUCCAGCACGGGUGGACCGGGUAAGUCUGGCACGGCGUCCGGAGCGGGGAGCGGGUCCAGCACGCCGGGGAGCGGCGGCAACCCCGUGGACCUGUCUGACAGCAGCAGCGGCAGCAACUCGGGCGUAAAAACGCCACAGCACAGCUCGGCACCGCUGAGCCCGACUCCAUCACAGACCCCCACCUCCCCCACCACGCCCUCCCGACGCCUCCCCAGACCUCCCUCUCCGGAUUUCACAGCCAUCCGCUACAAGGAGAGAGAACCUCAUCAGGUAAAGGCUCUCGAGGCCAGUUUCUGCCAGGACCCGGAACCAGCAGGAGAGGAAGUGGACAGACUGCGAUCUGAGACCAAGAUGACCAGAAGGGAGAUCCACGCCUGGUUCGCCGAGAGGAGGAAGAGAGUGGCAGCUGAGAAAAAGAAAGAGGAGGUGGAGCGGGCGAUGAGGGAGGAGGAGGAGGAGAUGGAAGGUGACGGGGAGGAGAGACAGAAGGAGGACGCUUCGGGAGAACUGAAAGUCAACCCCAUUAAAAUCAACCUGAAGAUGCUGAAGGUGACGGAGGCCAACGGGAAAGCAGAAGGAGAAGGACUGGACAGCACACCUGCCUCCUCCCCGUCCUCCACCCCCAAACCCCCCCAGUCUUCCACCCCGACACCCAAACCCUCCCAGUCCCCCAAACCCACCGCCAUCCGGGGCAAAAAGACAGCAGAGCAGCUGCAGAUGCUCAAACAGGUCUACUCCCGCACCCAGUGGCCCAGCGCCAAGCAGUACGACGAGCUGAUCUCAGCCACCGGGCUGUCCCGCCCCGAGGUGGUGCGCUGGUUCGGGGACUGCCGCUACGUGCAGAAGAGCGGCCAGCUGAAGUGGCUGGAGUCGUUCCAGGACAUGGCUCUGGAGGAAGACCUCCAGGAGGGGGGCGCUCAGAUCCUGCAAGCCCACCACGACGCCCACAGCAGCCUGGAGGAGUCACAGUUGCAGGAACUGGCAGAAGCGACUGGUUUAACAGCAGACUUGGUGCGAUACUGGUUCUCCACCAAGGCGUCUUUGCCCCGACUGGAACAAACUGCUGCUGCUGCUCAGGAGACGGGACCAGGACCAGUUGCACCAGACGCAGCAGCUGAGCCACAAACGGCAGGAUCCUCCCCUUCGGAGCCGCAGCCAGGAGGAGGGACGGAGGAGAACAUGGAGCAGUCGGUGUGUGGUGUCGCAACAGAAGAGGAGGAGGAAGCCAACGCUGACAAGACUGUGAAUCCUACUAAAGGAACUGAUUGAAGAGGCCUUUUGUCUGAGGGUGGAGUCACAACGCAGGUGGUCUUUGUGUCGGUGGUCUGAGGAGCAGACGGCAGAUGCGACUGUAACAGGAUCACUGGAUGGAAACGGACCUUGAAACCAUCCUCACGUCUCUCUGUUACCCUGAGAGGUAGACAUGACCUCCCCCACUAUGUGAGACGGACGCUGAAGCUACUAACCCCCCCCCUCCCUCCUUUCCUUUACCCAUCCACCCUGCCCCUGUGCUGUGUGUACUCCUCCGCCACACAGACCUUCUCCAGGAUCCUCCCGUCCGCCAUUUUCCCUUCAGAAGGAAGUUCCAGUAGAGGCUGAAAUGCAGGAGGGAGGGGCCGGGCCGACAGCGUUUUUCUGCCGUGUUUGUUCCGCCUGCCUGCUGUGAUGGGAGAAAGGAAGGAAAGAAGGGUAGAUUUGGAGGGAGAAGAGAAGAGGGGGGUGAGGUUAAAGUGUGUUGGGACCUCAGCAGAUGUUGAACAAGGUGGGGGAAGUUGUUUAUCGGACAGUUAUCAACUAAAUCGACCCUCCGAUGAGGCUCAACGGAGUGUUGACAGCUCUGUUUUCUGUUGUUUUGAGGUACGAAAAAACUGCACAGCUCUUUGCUCCAGGGUGCUUGCCUUAAAGGCCUUAAAGUAAAUCGAAUGACCCUUCUUUUUUCCAUCGUGUCAUCUUCAUAACUCCAUUUUUUCCACCAACUUGCACUCAUACACUUUGAAUUCAUGCUUGCAGCUUCCUUUAAACGUGCUAGCUCGGCGGUUCAUGGUGUCUUAUGUGAAAAACAGCACUGAUGUUCAUUUGAUCACGUCACGGUUUGGUUUUUGGACAUCUCUUCGUACUCCUUUCUUAUCUGUACAUAUUUGGUUCAAUAGGACAUUAAAUAGUCCAGUUCGGGGGGGAAAACAUCUGGAAUUCUGUCAUCCAAAGAGGGCAAGCACCCUGCUGUUUUUAAACACAAAAGCGACACAAUAUAGUAGACUAUAUGACAUCUGGUUUGUGUUGUAGCAUCAAGUGCUUCUUUACGUCACUGACGUCUGAGUUUUAUGGAACUUUCUUAUGAGAUAAAUUUGACUGUAGAAGAACUGUGAACUUUACCAUUAAGUUCCAUACUUAGCUUGAUGUAUAAUUUUUACAGAUGGUAUUUGCAGAAUAAACAGAAUGUAAUAAA